AUAAUUCAUCAUAAAUUGUGCAAGGGUGCUAUAGGACGCGCUAAACCAUAAGAGCCACAAAUCAAGAACACAGGUUUAUGCUGUUUACUACUAAAAAUAACCAAAAAAACACCAACGAUACCGACGACUUGCAAACGGUGGAACUGUCAACAAAUGAGCUCCUAUUUUGUGAACUCAUUCUGCGGUCGCUAUCCCAAUGGCGCGGACUUCCAGUUACAUAAUUAUGGAGACCAUAGUGCUGCAAACGAGCAAUACAGGGACUCCACGGCCAUGCAUUCCGGCAGGUACGGUUAUGGCUACAACGGGAUGGACUUAACAGUCGGGCGGACCGGUGCCGGACACUUUGUGGGCAGCGAGCGGACGCCGGGCUACUCCCCGAGCCACUCAGCGGCGACGACCCCCUCCGUGGAGCCUGUCAGGUACAGCCAGUCCGCCAGCAGCACCGGCAACUCGUCCCUAUCGCCUCCACCUGACCCGCUCCCGUGCUCGUCGGUCGCCAGCAGCUCGUCCCCGGUCACCGAGGCGCAGUCCCAGCACAGAGCCGUGAAAAACUCCAUACCGACCCCCUGCUCGACCCCGUGCUCGAGCUCGAACGGAGGAGGCGCGCUGCUGCUCAGUCGGGACUGCGUGUCCAAAGCGUCCCCCCUGGAGGAAGAGAAGCCGGCGGGAAGCGCACCGACAACUCCUCAGAACGCCACCGACUCCAGUCAGCCGCAGAUCUAUCCGUGGAUGAGGAAGCUACAUAUAAACCAUGAUUUAUCUGGACCGGAGGGGAAGAGAGCCAGGACUGCAUACACCCGGUACCAGACCCUGGAGCUGGAGAAGGAGUUCCACUUCAACCGGUACCUGACCCGCAGGCGGAGGAUCGAGAUCGCCCAUGCCCUCUGCCUCUCAGAGAGACAGAUCAAAAUCUGGUUUCAGAACCGCAGGAUGAAGUGGAAGAAGGACAACAAGCUAAAAAGCAUGAGCAUGGCGGCUGCAGGCGGGGGAGUCUACAGGCCCUGAUAUUCCCCAAACUCCAACACCUGAUAACGAGCUCCACAAAAAUAAUAAUGAAAAAAAAAAAAAGAUUGUCAUAUCAACUUCUCCUCCUGUUAUUCCAGAAAGCGCAGAGACUUGUAAACGGGCUGGACACAGAUGCGCCCCACCUCAGCUUUCUGUAUGCCCAGCAGCCCAAUUAUAUUCCCCAAUAUUAUGUUCUUUUUACUUCCUCUGUGGUUAUGCUUAUGUGCGUAAAAUGCAUUAUGUACAGAUGUCUAGAUUUAGAAGUAAAAAAAAAAACACAUUGAAAUAAAUGUUUGUUUAAAUUAUUUCUUGUUCAGACGGAAAAAAAAUAAAUAAAAACGUCAAAGCUUGAAAUGCUACCUGCCGCAAAUAAAUCCACACAAAAAGAAAUCUGUGAUGCACUCAACAGUAACAGCUUAAUAAAUAAGACGGUUGAGGAUGAGUUCAUUUGUGUUUAGCCUUCGUUUUUCUAUGUAUGUACUGUAUAUGUAUGUAUUUAUUUGUUUGAUGUAUUGUCAGAUAACUUGCUUCCAAAAAAAAGUAGAGCCAGCAGAGUCCGUGUACGCCUUUGUGUGAUUAUUGUAUGCGUCGUGAACACGUGUAUGGGACAAAGGUGCCGACUCACCCCUUGUACAGUAGCUGUGCCUUGUAUCUUUGUUUUUGCAGGAGUCGCUGUUUGCUUUGUUCACCAUGGACACGACAUCUUAGUAAAAAAAAAAAAAAAAAAGUGUUUUGUCUGUUUUCUCUUUAGCUGUUUUUA